CUCUCCGCCCGCCCAGCCUUGGGAGCCGGCCAGAUGGGGAAUGCGCAAGCUCCGGCCCGGCCAGCCCCGCGCCUCACUUGCAGCUCCAUCAUGGCGCUCAGGCGGCGGCUGCUGCGGCUGCUUCUUGUCCUCCUGCCGCUGCUCCGCCACAGAAUCUUGGCCGUGGAGCUGACAUCCGUCAACACGCACCCCGUGGUGCAGGAAUUUCAGCGGGCUGACCUUUCCUGCAUCAUUUCGUCCACCAAGACACUCAAUCCCAGGAUCGAGUGGAAGAAAAUCGUAGGCAAGGACACCACCUAUGUCUAUUAUGACAACAAGAUGCAAGGAGACUGGGGAAACCGGGCACAACUCCAGGGCAGGACAUCUCUGGUCAUCCAUAAUGUGACUCGUGCGGAUAAAGGCGUUUACCGGUGUGAGGUGGUGGCCCCCGAUGAUGUAAAUAUUGGAGCUGAGAUCAACAUCAACCUGACUGUUCAUGUGAAACCAGUGGCUCCUAAGUGCCGAGUGCCCCCAUCAGUGCCUGUGGGUAAAUCCGCCACCCUCCACUGCCAGGAGAAGGAAGGCUUCCCGGAACCAACUUACAGCUGGUACCGCAACACUGACUCUUUGCCGGCUGACUCCAGAUCCAACCCCAAAUUCCAGAAUUCUUCUUUCACUGUGAACUCAAAAACAGGCACGCUGGUCUUCACUGAGGUACACAAGGGAGACACCGGCCGGUACUACUGCAUAGCAACAAACAACGUGGGUUCUGCCAAGUGUGAAGAACAGCAGAUGGAAGUCUAUGACCUGAACAUCGCAGGGAUCGUUGGGGGCAUCCUGGUGGUCGUUACAGUCCUGUCUCUGAUAACCGUGGGGAUCUGCUGUGCCUACAGGAAAGGGCUGUUCGUCAGCAACAAGCAGAAUGGAAACAGCUAUAAGACACCGACCAAACCAGAUGGUGUGAACUACAUCCACACAGAUGAGGAGGGUGACUUCAGACACAAGUCCUCGUUUGUUAUAUGAAACGCCGAGAAGAUUGGAUUUUGCCCACCAGCAAGAAUGGAGUGUGGAAAUCAAAUACCUCCAUCUGGAACUCUUUCCACAAGAGCAGAUAACAAACAUUGUGUGGCUGGCGGCGUUUAGCGAGCCUGGACCAUAUGCGCACCUGUGUGCAAACCUGAUUUCACCACUUUUUUUUUUUCUGCCAAAGCCAAGCAGUGAUUUUUAACAACCAAAAUCAAUCUCUUUCUUCCUAGAAGGUAAUCCACACGUCACCUCGGCCCAGCGGAUGUGCUUGAAACUUCGACCGAAGAAAAGGAUUGCAUCAAAGUUACCCACGUCCCUUUCUGGACCCAUGCUCUUCUUACACCCCACCCCCCACCCCUGGGAAGUUGUGGGGGGCUGCCUUCUCUCACAGGGUUACAAAACUUGUCAGGGUAUCUAAGCUUGAAGAGGGAAAAAAUUAUCUUGAAAUUAGUAUCUGGCUUUGCUUCUUUUUAAGGGUCACCGUAGCUGUAGAAUGAAACGUUGGCCAAACAAGAAGUAAAGCCCCACUGCCAGCCCAGUUUUGGGAUUUAGUUAAAUGUGCUGGACUGUACACCGGCAACAUUAUUUAGGAUCCCUUAUCUCUACCGCCCCCCCCCCCAAACAAAUUAAAAGCACAAUAAUACCACUAGGGGAGAAAAAUACCCAAAAGCUAGCUUUCCACUUGGACACCUCUCCAAAACUGCCCGGCAAUGACUACUUGCCAGAAGCCAUACAUGGAAAGAAUCAAUCAACAGAAUGCAACGGCAGGGAAGCAAUGACUUUAUCCCAGGGCCUGGUACAUGCAUAGGCAGGGUGUCAUGAACAAACACCAGCACAAGGUUCCUUUGGCCCGGUACUUUGGGGGCUGGUACAUAGAAGCCCUCAACACCCCUGGGGAAAGGGUCCGAGUUCCAUGGUGGCCUUGCCCCAGCACAUCUCCUGCAGGCAGUCGGCCGACUUGUCCAGGGCCCCCGUAGCAUUGGCAGCUGCAGGACAGACAGCAAAGCGAUAGGUGAAGAUGACCAACUUGGCCUGGGCUGCUCCACGUCGCAUUGCAGGUGGCGCGAUGGAAGUUUCCUCCGUACAACCAGGGAAAUUCCCUUGGCCAAGAAAUCUGACAAGAAAGCUACAUCCUCCUCCUCUGACAGGAUGGUUUUUUCUGCACGCAGGGAAAUGGUUGUAAAGGGGAGCAGUUCAGCCUGUUGAGCGCCUCCCAUGUCAGAAGUGGUUCAGCCCCCGGACCCAGGUGACUGCCUCCAUUCAAACUCGGCUUCAGAGUUUUGCUAUCAGAAGGGAUUGGGUCGUCAUCCUGUCCUCGCCCUGCCCCUGGAAUCCGAGAAUGGGAGAGGCAAUCAGCCAGGCUGGCACUCCUACCAAAUUGUUCCAGCAAGUGCUUCUUAUUCCCCAACCAGAGAAGGAUCUGCCAUCCUUGGGCUGUAUCCCACUCCUCUUUGGCUCCUCCUUGACAGCUGCCGUGCUCUGCUCUCUCUCAUCUUCUGGCAUUCUCAAAUCAGGGGUUGAUUAUUAGAAGCCAACUUCUCCAGAGUGGGACCAAGCGAUGCAGUUCUCCCAGCUGUGAACUUCCUCAUCGACGCCACACCAGUGUUUUUCUUCACUUCGCAGUCUCAAGAAGGCAAUAGCUUUUUCUCCCCUCGCUUUCCUCUGUCCGCACCCCACGUUGAACCAUCUUGCCCGCUGGGCGUCCUUUUCUCUACCACUCACACAUGUACACACACACACCCCUGCCCAGUAAAGAUGACAUCGAAACCCACUUGCGGACGUGGGAGUGAAAUUCCAACAUGAUACCGCGACAAAAAAGGCAAAAGCUUUUUUCUAUUGUUCCCGCUCCUUUUGUAGAAUUCCACGUUCUAAAACAUUUUUUUGCAAAGAUCUAUUUUGAUUACUUAAAGUGGUUAACGUUUCUAUUUAAAAUGUAAAUAGGUUGGUAGGCCAAACAGUGUUCGGUAAUACUGUAGCUAUUUUUUUUUUUAAAGGUGUGACUUAUGAGUGUGAGGUUUGUUGUUGUUAUUUUUUUUUAAAUGCCAGGCAGGAGUUCCUGUGAAGCUUCAAACCAUAUCAGUAUUAUUGCGAGCAGCACAGAUAAGACGCACGCCGGGCAAGCAAAGGAGUCUCCACUCCAUCUUUUGUUUUCUCUUAUCAAAGAAAGAGACACUGUAAAGAGUUCCCCCCCUCUCUUCCUGUAAAAAAGAAACAGGUUAGGAUCCAAAGUUGCACAAUGAUUAGCGCGUGCCAUAAGGCAAAAAUGUUUCUCGAACGCAGUCCGUCAUUGCAAAUGCAGUUUUGUGCUACAGCUCGAUU